AUGGAGAUCCUCGAGAACGUUUCGGCCUGGAUCCCCGUCUUGCUCGUCGUCGAUUUUGUCGCGACCUCUUGGAUCGUCUGCCAUUCCUUGGUCACGACGUAUAUCCUGCCUGCCUCCCGGGAAGUUCCUCUCUGGACUGUCCGCUCCCCUCUCUCGUCCGACCUCGUCACCGCCUGGGCCCUUUUGGGCAUGUACUUUUUUGUGCUUUUCCACACCCUGGGCUGCCUUGCCUCUCUCUGGGUGUAUUCGUACCGGAUUGUACACCAGGGAUACAGGAUCCCGAAGGGCGCUAUCUUACGCCAAAAGAUAGUGAUGCAGUCCUUGCCUGACGCCGCCGCCGCCCGCCACUGGUUCGACCUGGGGUUCCGACCCAAUACCUGCCACCACUGCCUCCAGACCGCCGAUUUCGAAGGUGGGGAGGGCCUCGGGUCGUUCCUGGACAGAAUGUACCACGGCAAGACCAACAAGGGCAAGGACUUGGGGUGCAUUGCACUGUUUGACCACUACUGCUGGUGGUUGUGGUGCCCGGUCUCCCUCCAAACCCAAAAAUCCUACCUCCUGUUCACGGUCUGGAUUCUGGUGUUUCACCUUUUCUCUCUGGGAGUUCUCUGCUGGCCCAUGGUAUCCUUCGGAACCAGGUGGCCGUAUCCUCCCGCUAUCGUGGCUACUACGUCUUUUCCCUUCGUCUUUUUUUGGGUUAAGAAAGCGCCUUUCCGGGCCCAAUGGAUUAACCAAGGGCUUCGGAACCAAACGCACUCAGAGACGGCGCGUUAUGUUCGGAACCUCCCCCAGCAGGCAUGGCCGAUGGGGAUUGCCGGGCCUAACGGCUUCGAGCAUGUGGUGGUUUCGUUCAACCCGUGGGAUCUCGGCACAAUGGGAAACCUGCGUGCGGUGCUUGGCGACAGCAUCUGGGAGUGGCCUUUCUUCUGGCGUAUCCCUCGCCGGGUACGGGAAUUCGGGACCCAUGCCGAUUGGGAUCUCCCUUUCGGACCUCGGUGGGCCCAGUUCAUGGAAGAUCGCGCUCUGGUUAUACCGGAUGGCAUCAGCCUCGCUCCUCCUCCCCUCGCCCUUCGACACGACAGCUCGCGGCGCCGACGCGGCUGGACGUCGGAGGAUUCCUAG